AAUAUUAAAUGGUGGCCAUAUUAUUGGGUGAAGUUUCAUUUCAUUAAAAAUAAAUACGUUAUAUUCAUCAGAAAGUUUUAUUUUCUAUUUCGAUGUAAAGUAAAUUGAUUUACAUUAAUAUAUGCUGAAAUAGAUUAGUGCUCGGAGCGGUUUCAUUAGAUUUAUAUUAAAGAAAUGGAAGAGAAGAGUGCAUUGAAAGAACUUGACUCUUGGAUCGAGCAAUUGAAUGAAUGCAAGCAGUUGACUGAAAACCAAGUUAAAACACUUUGCGAGAAGGCUAAAGAAAUCCUUGCCAAAGAAUCCAAUGUUCAAGAAGUCAAAUGUCCUGUUACAGUGUGUGGUGAUGUUCACGGACAGUUUCAUGACUUAAUGGAGCUCUUCCGCAUUGGAGGAAAGUCUCCAGACACAAAUUAUCUCUUUAUGGGAGAUUAUGUUGACAGAGGCUAUUACUCUGUUGAAACAGUAACGUUAUUAGUAGCUCUUAAGGUACGCUAUAGAGAAAGGAUCACAAUUCUACGUGGAAAUCAUGAGAGUAGGCAAAUUACCCAAGUCUAUGGGUUUUAUGAUGAAUGUCUGCGUAAAUAUGGAAAUGCUAAUGUAUGGAAAUAUUUCACAGAUCUCUUUGAUUAUUUACCUUUAACUGCAUUGGUAGAUGGACAGCUGAUCCACCAUUUUAUGGACCACCACCAUAGCCACCACCAAAGCCACACCAUGGCCACACCAAAGCCACACCAAAGCCCACCAUGGACCACCACCAAAGCUGAUCCACCACACUAUAUUUUGGAGAUCCUAGAUCCUCAGGAUUUGGAUCUCAGAAGUUGA